AUGUCUGCAGCAGGAGGAGCCGCCGACGCUACUGCGUGUCCAGUCGACCACGAAACUCGCCAGGCAUGGCUGGACCAGGCCAAGAAGGCCAAAGCACAAGAACCUCCAGCUCCUCCGCCGCCGCCGCCGACACCCAACAACAUCCCCCACGACCUCAGCCAAAUCCCUAUCCAGACUCGCUACUCUCUCGACCAUGGCGCAUGGCUGGCUAUUCUGCCCAAGAAUCUGGCCAUGAUGUCGCCAGCGCAGCGCGGUGCUCUCGACACUUUCCGCGAGAUCUCGACCAUCCCCCGAGCCGUAACCGCCGAAGGCCACGAUGCCGCUGUCAAUACACACAGUCCCGCAAACAACGAGCAAGAGUCUGGAGUCGACGAGAAGAGUGGAAACUGGGUAUACCCGUCCCAGGAAAUGUUCUUCAACGCCAUGAAGCGCAAGAACUACGACCCCGAAGCCGCCGACAUGCGCACCAUUGUGCCCAUCCACAACGCCGUCAAUGAGCAGGCUUGGAAGGAGAUCAAGGCCUGGGAGAAAGGCAGAGCACGCUUCAACUCUAUUCUGGGCUACUCCAAGCCCUUUGACAGACACGACUGGAUCGUCGACCGCUGCGGCACCCACAUCGACUAUGUCAUUGACUUUUACGCCGGCAAGAACGAGGGCAAGCCCGGCAAGUCCCUCAACUUCUACCUCGAUGUCCGUCCCAAGCUUAACAGCUGGGAGGGAGUCAAGAUGAGAGUCGAGAAAUUCUGGGGUCUGUGA